GGCUGCCCCGGUAGCCAGUCACCCACUACUCUUUUAAAGUCCCUGCCUCACCAACUACUCUCUCUCAUCACUACUCACCACUCUCUCUCAAACUCAACUACUCUCUCUCAAACCUUUUUAUCCACACUCAUGGCACCUAUCAAGAUCGGAAUCAAUGGUUUCGGAAGAAUCGGACGAUUGGUUGCUAGAGUUGCUCUGCAAAGAGAUGAUGUAGAGCUUGUUGCUGUCAACGAUCCUUUCAUCUCUACCGAUUACAUGACCUAUAUGUUCAAAUAUGACAGUGUCCACGGUGCCUGGAAGCAUCAUGAACUCAAAGUUAAGGACGAGAAGACCCUUUUGUUCGGUGAGAAGCCUGUUGCUGUUUUUGGAUCAAGGAACCCUGAGGAGAUCCCAUGGGCUAGCACUGGUGCAGAGUAUAUUGUUGAAUCAACUGGUGUCUUUACUGACAAAGACAAGGCUGCUGCACAUUUGAAGGGAGGUGCAAAGAAAGUCAUCAUAUCUGCCCCUAGCAAAGACGCUCCCAUGUUUGUUGUUGGUGUCAAUGAGAAGGAAUACAAAUCUGACCUCCACAUUGUUUCUAAUGCUAGUUGCACCACAAACUGCCUUGCUCCCCUUGCUAAGGUGAUCAAUGACAGGUUUGGAAUUGUUGAGGGGCUAAUGACAACUGUCCAUUCAAUCACAGCCACACAAAAAACUGUUGACGGACCAUCUGCCAAGGACUGGAGAGGUGGAAGAGCUGCUUCAUUCAACAUCAUUCCUAGUAGCACUGGAGCUGCCAAGGCUGUUGGGAAAGUGCUUCCUUCACUUAACGGAAAGUUGACCGGAAUGUCAUUCCGAGUUCCUACCGUGGAUGUCUCAGUGGUCGAUCUCACUGUCAGGCUAGAGAAGAAGGCUACUUAUGAACAAAUUAAAGCUGCUAUCAAGGAAGAGUCUGAGGGAAAGCUCAAGGGAAUUUUGGGAUACACUGAAGAUGAUGUGGUUUCCACAGACUUUGUUGGUGACAGCAGGUCAAGCAUCUUUGAUGCCAAAGCAGGAAUUGCUCUGAAUGAUAACUUUGUCAAGCUUGUCUCAUGGUACGACAAUGAAUGGGGAUACAGCACCCGUGUGGUUGAUUUGAUCGUACACAUGGCAUCUGUCCAGUAAGUAGUGAAUCAUAUUUGCUUUGGAUGAAGCGGCUUGGUCACUUGCAGUUUGAUGAGAUAUCUAAAUAAUGGGAACUUAGUUGAGCCCUUGCUGUCUUGUGUAAAGAGGAUUUGCUAUUCUCAUAUUUUGAAGAGUGUUACAAAGUAGGAUAGUGAAUAACUAUCUUUCAAUUUUUCGUGAGACUGAAUGUCUCCAGCUGGUUUUCUGUUGAAUGUAUUAGUUUAGAUUUUAUCUCAAAUAUUUCACUAUUCUGGUUGAUGCUUCAA